AUGAAUAAACCCAUGAAUGAACGGAUAAACAGGCUCAAGGCCCGCCAGGUCCCAUUCGCUCUGAAACUCCGCAUAGAUGAGGAAUUGGACCGGCUUGUGGAGCUAGGAGUGCUCAAGCCGGUGCCUAACACCCCCUGGAAAACCCCGAUCAUCACGCCCGUCAAGCCCAACAGCUCGCCUGGGAGUGAUGGGCAUUUCGGAGGCAUCCAGAAGUGCAGCUGGGCAUCUCCAAUUUCAUUCCUCUCUUCCCAGGAUGGCCAAGAGGAGAGGACUGUCCACGGUGUCUGCGGAAGACGUCCCCUGGCGGGCAGCCAUAACCUCCGGGUUGUGGGCGGCAGCAACGUUCUCCCCGGAACGUGGCCCUGGAUGGUCAGCUUCCAAAAAACUACUUAUAAGGGAUACUUCAGUUUUUGUGGAGGCUCCCUCAUCAGCCCUCGAUGGGUCCUCAGCGCAGCCCACUGUUUUCAGAAACCAAAGGACAUACCACACAUCACCCUGUCGAUUGGGGCCAACCGCAUCUCCAAACCCGGCCCCGAUGCUCAGAGGCGCAGGAUCAAGAGGCUGGUGAACCACAAAUUCUACGAGCAGUUCUUGAACGAUACCUACAGCAAAAUACAUAACGACAUUUCCUUGGUGGAGCUGAAUGAGCCAGUCAACUGCACAGACUAUAUCCAGCCAGCCUGCUUGCCGGACAACAGCGUCGUAGUUUCCUUGCUCAGUCACUGCUACGUCAGCGGUUUUGGAAUCAUGAAUGUGAAAACAAAAAAAAUGCCUGACAUCAUGCAGGAGGGUCCUGUUGACAUCAUCCCCAAGACGACUUGCAGCAGCCCCGACUGGUGGUACGACUAUAUCCUUGAGGAGAACAUCUGUGCUGGAAAGAUGGAAAGAGGCAUUGCUACUUGCAAGGGCGACAGUGGCGGCCCCCUCAUGUGCCGGGAGCAGAGGUCCGAACGCUACUGGGUGGUUGGAAUCACCAGCUGGGGACCGCCAUUCUGCGGAGAGGCAAAUAAGCCGGCAGUCUACACCUCCACGCAGUUCUAUCUCGACUGGAUCAGGAAGAAUACCAACGAGGACUUUUCCCUAGCUAAACACCCACCGCUAAUGGCAAAGCCCCGGCCUACGCCACGGCCGCGCCCACCACCAAGGCCACAGCCCCAACCAGAACAAAUGGCCCAAAGGACAAGUUCCCAGGAGCUUUAUAUGGUACAUGCCUCCUGGAACGAGGCCCACGGGACUGGGCACCUCGACUCCCCCCCAGCCCCCAGUCUGGGGCCUAACUGCUCCUCCAUGGUCCAUGCGGCCGGUAAGGUGGCAACCGAGGACAAGGGCCCCAGCUUGGCAUGGGCAGAUUUACAGGCCGUGGGUCACAAUUAG